AUGAACACAUUUUUUUAUCUGAAUCCUGUUUUGAAACCUAUAUUCUGUGGAUCAUUUAAAAGUUACAAUUUAAAGUUGAAUAGAAAUGUUAAUGGAACUAAUAAAAGACCAGAUUUUGUAUGUCGCAUAGAUCAACUUCCGAUAUUAAAUUCAGAAGUAAAGCCAAUGGGCGAUACAAUAGAAUCUUUUGUAAUGGACCUCGAGUAUGAUGGCAUUUACAGAACAUGGCCUUUUAUGAAAACACAAAUUAUAAUAGACAAGCCAUCAGUUCCACUUUUAGGAUCUACAUUGACACAUUUAAUUGCAUUGGAGGUAUACAAUGUGUCGCAUUUUAUCAUGUGA